CUCCACAUCCUCGUCUUUAUCAGAGAACUCCGUUUAAUAGCCAGUUGAAACGCAAAUCUCCACGAUAGUAGGCCUCUUGACAGCAUUUUGUGUCUCAUUUCAAAUUUCUUUUGUGUCUGUGGUCACCCUGAGCCCAUCGCCACCUCAUCUUGCUUUAGCAGUUGUUCUCGCAGAUUCACCUCGCUACUCGCGCCCCACGGGCUACAACCUCAACUCACGCGUCUGUGUGCAGUUUUAGUGAUAUAUCAUUCAAUAUUUGACUAGACUCAUAAGCGUCGAUGGCAUUGGAAUCUGUGUUUGCUGGGCUUCCCCCCAGCUAUGUUGAACGUGAGAAACUUGACGCGGAAAAGCUCUUCAUACAAGGCGAUCGAUCGGUUCUUGAGGAAGAGAAAAACACAUACAUACUGGACACAGCUCGCUUUCAGAAUGCCAUCUUGAAGUUCUCGUCACAGAUGUCAACGCACGGACGCUACUCAUAUGAUUUUUCUUUUGUUAUCAUUGCAAAACACAUGAACAAUGCAGCAAGAGCUGAGAAAUUCCUAGACCACAUACAUUCCGCAGUAUCAGCAAGCAACAUACCCUAUCUCGACAGUCUUACAAACGGCAUCAACUGGGGUAUUAAUGCCAUGUUUCAUUCCACUAAUGAGCUACAUACCGCGUAUAAUUCAAUCCAAAGGGAUGAGAUGAAACGAGCACACGAUACAAUGAUAGCAACGAUCAACAUUCUUGGGGACCAUGUCUUUACGCCUCCUGCCAAGCCCCCCGGGCUUCCUACAGAACUAGGAGUUUACAAAUCUAGAGUCAUUUCGAGAACUGGAGGAGCAUGCGAGUUGACCGGAGCCCGCUUUAUCGGAAGGACCGGCUCCUUCAUGGCUGCCAACUGCAUUGCAGCGCACAUCAUACCCAAACGUAUGUGCGUCUUCAGUGAUGAAGGGUCAGGAGUCUUUGCGUGGCUGGUCCUUGCCCUCAUACUUUCCCAAGAACAAUUCAAUAUGGUGUGGAAUGAGUGUUCAGCACAAGAUUCAAAUAACCCAGACAAUCUGCUUCUCCUGCUGGAUGAGAUUGAAUUGGUCUAUGACCAGGCCUACUUCCGAUUGUUCUACUCGAAUUCGAAGCACACUGUCUACCCACUUCUACGUUGUGAUUAUUUAGAUGCAAUGGAAACUGGGCGUAAGCUGAGCAUGUGUUUUGAGUGGCUAGUUGAAGAACCCUUCCAGCGAAAUCAUUGGCAUGCCCGGCGCAUAGACUGUUCAGAGGAUGGUUCCAAGUCCGUGGUACCACCAAUGAGUACGGGCGUCAUCGGUUCUGCACCUGCAGUUAUUGAUUACAUUAGUUUUGAAUCGACUGUUCCAAAUCCUUCUCCAGUUCUACUGGAUGCUCACAAUCUGAUGGCAUCCUUGUACCAACAGUUCACUCCGUAUCGAAAGCCCGGUCGGCACGAAUUCCCGGUGAAUCAAUAUGGUUUAUGGAGAAACUUCAUACGCUCAGAAACGCCGGGAGAGAAAAGCGGUAGCCGUCAACGGUUUCGCGGGUCUGGUCGAAGCUCCUUCUCCCCCUCUCGCUCCGUCUAUCCGUCAAGACAACAGAAUAGCAGAGGAGGGAGGGAUCUUGGUUUUUGCAGUUACAGCACUGAGCCCCAGUCUUUACGGGAUGGAGCCCACCAUGAUUUUGACAAGCACCAUCCUCUUGGGGAUGGCCCUACGGAGACUGGUCCCGAUAACGAUAUCAAUUUCCAACAAGCAAUCAAUCAAUAUUUGGAAAAGAGUGGCAGUUUGUGGAUUGAUGAAAUAUAUGGUGGGGAUAUUCCUAAUGAAGAAGGAGAAUCCAGUUAUGCUGAAUAUCUUCGAUACAAUGCAUUUAUACCAGCCUGGCGGGAUUCAAUUAUUCACAUGAAUGGUCAAUAGCUGUUUGUUUUCUGCUAUUCUUUAUUGUUCAAUCGCUAUGACGCUGUUAGUACCUGUCUUUUGUUGCAGUUUACUCCUUUUUAUUUGUAUCAUUUAUAAUUGUAUAAUUAUUUUUAUUCAUAAAAAAUUAUUUAAAGAGAGGAAAAUGAAAAAAAAAA